AUACUGGAACGAAGGGGUCACGAAUCGGAAACUCGCAUGACUUUCGAGAUGAUCCGGCCUUGUCGAGGACCUUCGUCGAGGAGGGCCGAUUACGAUUUGCUACCCGGAGGAUCGGUUUCGCGGCUACGUGGGACCCUUGAUUUCGAAAUAUCCGCGAUUGAUAAAGCCGGCCUCUUAGACUGGCGUUACUUUGACUUUUUCAUUUCUCCGCCGGUUGCGCAACCCUCUCGGUUUACAGGGGUCUGGACAUAAUUACAGCGAAAGUGACCGAGGAGGAGAGGGCCAUGGCUCCCCAUCAUAUGCUGGACGUUGUCGACCCCCUUAAGAAUUACAGCGUGAUCGACUUCCGGAAUUCGGCGCUCGCUGUCAUAAACGAUCUGCUCUCCAGGACGAAGUUGCCGGUCGUCGUCGGGGGCACCAACUACUAUAUAGAGUCGCUCCUGUGGGAGAUACUCGUCCAGGACCCCUCGGGGUACGAGGUCGGGGACCUCGUGUGCGGAAACGGAAACGCGAAAAGGCUCAAACUCGUCGACGAGUCCUUGUCGAAUCAGGAAUUGCUCGAGAAACUCGAGGAAGUCGACCCGGAGAUGGCGGGGAGGCUGCACCCUAACAACAGACGCAAGGUCAUCCGAUCUCUGGAGGUGUUCGAGCAGCACGGAAGGAGACACUCGGAGAUCCUGAAGGAGCAACGCCAGGCCGGUGGCUGCGGCCUGGGAGGGCCGCUGCGUUUCCGGGACUCCAUCCUCCUCUGGCUGCGCUGCGAGCAGGAGGUCCUGGACGACAGGCUGGACCGCAGGGUGGACUCUAUGGUGAAGGCCGGCCUGCUGAAGGAGCUUCUCGACUUCCACGAGAGGUACAACCGCGAGAGGAUGGAGAGCAACGCAGCUCCGGACUACACGAAGGGUAUCUUUCAAAGCAUCGGCUUCAAGGAGUUCCACGAUUACCUGGUGCUCCCCGAAGACGAGAGGAACGGCGAAAAGGGUAAACGUCUGCUCCAGCAAGGAAUCGAGGAUCUGAAAAUUGUGACGAGGAGGUACGCCAGGAAACAGAAAAAGUGGGUGACCAACCGGCUUAUUCGUCGGCAAGAUAGACAGGUACCUCCGGUGUACACGUUGGACUGUACAGAUGUGGAUCAGUGGAACGGCAAAGUGCUCGAGCCUGCCAUAGCGAUCGUUUCUGCAAGACUUCGUAACGAGACUCCCAGCCAGUCACCCGUUAAUGAAAACGUGAAGAACGUUAAAGCGAACGACAGCAGCAACGAGGAGAAGCACACCUGCGAGAUCUGCGAGAGGACGUUCAUUGGCGAAUUACAGUGGAACGCACACCUGGGAGGCGCGAAACACAAGAAAAUGGUCCAGAAGAAGAAGGAAUUGGAGAAUUCCUGAUGAGGGAAUUCAUCUUUUAAGGAGAAAUUAUGCUUUUUCUACUCUCAGAUAGAUUUGGAAUAUUUCUGACCGACCUAAGGACACGAAUACAGAAUAUUGUUAGAUAUAUUGUACUAUUCUGUUGAAUUGGUUUUGAAGUUUCGCUAAAUUCUGGUCGGCUUCGCCGUUCGGGCAAGUUUUCUUAGUAGUUCAUCGAUUAGGGAAAGAUAGGAUUAACCCUUUGCGGUCGUAUGUCUACUCUCAGCCACCAAAAUUCUCUUGAUCUUGUGAAAAUGCGACCGCAAAGGGUUAAGUGGUUUUAGAAGAGAUCGGUGGCGCUAUCUUUCAGUUUUCUGGAGAACUGCCUCGGUGUGGUUGCUCAAACUUCGUGGAGAUGGCGUCACUGAUCAGCUUGAACUACCAAGCAAAGCAAUCUGUUCGGUCAGUAA